AUGAGUGUGGCGAGUGCGGCGCCGGAUGGCGCUAGUCCGCCGCCUCCGGAACCGCCACCUCGCGAUUACACAGACAUGUCGCUGGACUUCCGCCAUGACAUCGAUGAUCAACAGCAUCGUGGCGUUAUCGUUGCCAUCGACGACGCAAUUGGUGACAAGCUGACCGUUGACGGCGACGUGAAGAUUCGUGCCCGGAUAGAAGCAUGUCGUCAGGGGAUGAUGCAGUUGGACGCUUUGCGAUCGAAGCACAUGAAACUAAUGCAGGAAAUGCGCGGACGUUUGCCGACAAUUCCCGGAUGUGCUGAUGUUCAAGCGAGAAUCAAAAGAACUACUGCCAUAACGGAUCGGUCCUCAUUACAAAGUGUUGACAGCGGAGUGAGCUCAUUGGGACAGACUAUUCCAUCAACUCGAUGUUCGUCACCUUCCAUCAGUCAUCGUUCAUCGGUCAGCUGUGAUUCCGGAUGCAGUAGCGUUUAUAGUAACGAAGCGAGUCCCCGAACUAUGCCCUACUCUACAUACCGGAAAUUAUCAAUCGAACAAAAGGAGGCACCGCCUCAACCGAUAAACGAAAUACCUCUGCAGACACCAACGAUACCGAUAGUGGCCACCACUAUCGCUUCCACCACCAGCCUCCGAUCCGACAGAGUAGCACGUGCAUGGCGUAAACAGCAACAACAACGACCUCGUAGUAUGUUUGAGUGUACACAGGAGAAGAGUCCUUGUCGUGACUCGAUGAUCGAUACCGCCUCCUUCAUGCAAAUCACACCUCCACCAGUACAUCGAAAAAUGGGUAUGGCUGGGCAGCCUCCUCGUUCACCGUUGGCGCCAAUUCGAUUGGCGGUGAACGUUUCGCCACAAUCCACGCGUCUGCUAAGAACAGUUCAGCGGCCCGAUAUCACAAAACCUGUCAAAGUUGAGAAUGCUGACAUGCUGUUCCGUGCGAGCCGGAUUUUUGUGGAUCGUAGUCCACCACAAGAUCGUCGCCAUUGCGCGCCAUCACGAAGUCCACGUGUUGAGAAGAAAAUUCGUCCGAAAAGUAUGUUCGAACAGGCCGAUGAGCCAUUGUAUGCGACACCAGUAAGAGUAACAAACAGGGAAUUCCGCGCCGCUGUCGUCAACUCACCCAUGGUCGUUCGAAGAACGGCAUUUAUGCCUGUGGUAUCAAGGUUUACUGUGAGCACUGGCGGCGAUCAACUUCGCGCACAUAAAACGCGCCCCAUGGAGAGGAAUUGGCGUGAAUCAGAGGGACUAUGA